AUGAGUGCCCUCGCUGCUGCCCUGCCAAAGCCUCUGCAUACCUCUGUUGAAGAUGAAGAGGACGAAUACGCUCAAUAUGCUCGACCUGCUCCCUCUACCUCUCAGCAAGUAAUAGCGAGGUUCAUCGUUCCACCGUAUGGGCAGAGGAAAGGUUGGAAACCCUCAAAGGUAGAGGACUAUGGUGACGGAGGUGCAUUUCCUGAAUGCCAUAUUGCUCAGUAUCCGCUAGAGAUGGGCCGUAAGAAGGCAUCAUCUGGAAAUACACUCGCCCUCCAAGUCGACAGUGAGGGUAACGUUCGCUACGAUGCUAUUGCCCACCAAGGGCAACGACCAGACAAGAUAAUCCAGUCUCAGUUCAAGGAUUUGGUCCCCCUCGCUCAACGAAAAGACCUUGAUGAUUCGGAUCGUCAGAUGGAACGUCCUCCAGACGAGGAAGUUCAGGCAACGGCAGACAAGACACGAGCUGCUCUUGAAAAAUUGGUUAAUGGUAAAAUCAAAGCCGCACAGCCGAAAAACGUCCCAGGUAGUCUGGCAAAAACCUCUUUCAUUCGUUACACACCAGGACAACAAAAUGGAGAUGGGCUCAAGCAAAGGAUCAUCAAGAUGUCCGAGAUCGUUGAGGACCCUCUUGAGCCUCCCCGUUUCAAACACAAGAAGAUUCCUAGAGGUCCUCCUAGUCCCCCACCUCCGGUUCUUCGCAGCCCACCUAGGAAGGCUACAGCGGCUGAGCAGAAGGAAUGGAUGAUUCCGCCAUGUAUAUCGAACUGGAAGAACAACAAGGGUUUCACUAUUCCCCUGGAUAAGCGGUUGGCUGCUGAUGGACGAGGUUUACAAGACGUUCAUAUUAAUGAUAACUUUGCCAAAUUUUCAGAGGCCUUGUUCGUCGCUGAUCGUCAUGCACGGGAAGAAGUCCGUCAACGUUCCUUGAUGCAACAAAAACUCGCACAGAAGGAAAAGGCAUCGAAGGAAGAAAACCUCCGAAUGCUUGCUCAGCGCGCUCGCGAGGAGCGAAAUGGCAGCAUUCCGAAACCCACGGCCGCCUCUCAAGCUGCUCUAAAGUCCUCAUUGGCUGCAUAUGGAAGCGAUAGUGAUUCCGAUGGUGAGUCUGGAUCCGAGUCAGUUGAUAGCGCGGAAGAUGAGGAGGCAAAGAAGAUUCGUGACGAGAUGAGAAGAGACAAGAGGCGUGAGCGAGAACGAGAGAUGAGGAUGAGCAACAUGGGUCAGGAACAACGUGCUAAGCAGCUCGCACGUCAGCAAAACCGGGACAUUUCAGAAAAGGUGGCCCUCGGAUUGGCGAAACCAACGAUGUCGAAGGAAUCCAUGCUUGACUCUCGGCUGUUCAACCAGGAAUCCCUAUCAGGAGAUUUUGGCAACGACGAGUCAUAUAAUUUGUAUGACAAACCCUUGUUCCACGGUUCAACUGCUGCCGCGGCAAUAUACAAGGCUCGCGGGAACAUUGAGCAGGGCAACGAGGAGUCGUUUGGAGGCGGAACGGAUGAGGGUAUCGGGAAGGCUUUGGAUAAUGACCGGUUUAGCCUUGGUCGUCCCCAGGUUGGGUUCGAGGGUGCGAGCGACCAGGAAGUCAGGGAAGGUCCCGUGCAAUUCGAGAAGGAUACGUCGGAUGUCUUUGGUGUCAAUCAGUUCUUAUCAGAGGCUAGUACGGGUAAAAAAAGAGGUUUGGACUCUGCCGGUGGAAGUGGUUCACGGAAACGACAACAGUUAGACCGUGCAGAAAACCAAGACUAG